AUGCAACGCACGUGCGGCUUCUUCGGCUGCACGCUUCCCGACCGGCACGCCGGACUCCACGCCAUCGUUACGUCUGAUCCCGGGAGAAGGAAUAUGCGGAGCGGGCGGCUGGUGCGGAGCGACCUCGACUCUCCCGGCAAUAUCCAGGUCGGACCCGCUCACCAGGCGGAGCUGCCGUCCUGGGCUGGCGCCGCGGGUCGGGCUGCGGGAAGGCAGCGGGCGGAGGAUGUGCGCUUAUCGAUCGACGCUGAGCAUAUAGCCGAGGAGGCGAGUGCCGCCCUUCGCUGGGCGGUGCUGCUUGCGUCCCGCACCGAGGGCUGCUCUUCCUCGCUCGACGCGUGCGAGCGUCUCAUGCUGAGGCUCGACGACGCCAGCGCUGCGAGGCAACUGCAGCGCCCGGCCGAGCUCCCAGGAUCGCCGGAGAAGAAUAAGCGGCCGCGGGAGUCGGGGACGCCCGAGAAGAGCGGCGAGGUCGCACAGCCUCUCAGAAAGCGCGCCAGGACGAGCGCCAGAUCGCACCCUCCCUCUUUUGUCGCCCUCGGCCUCGCUCCCUGCCCCGUGCCAGCAUGA